GGACACGAACGAAUCGUGACAGAACUGCGAUCCGCGCGGCACCGGUGAUACGUAGGUACCUCUAUACACGAUAUCGUAUUUGAUAAUAAGAUAAACGCACGCGCCACGACGUCGGUCCGAGAUUUCGUUUUCGCCGUCCAACCGUUUCGAAUACGAAUUUUUUUUCAGUCUCUGUUUCUCACCGGAAUUUAAAUAGAAAGGUUUUUUUUUUUUUUAAAUUAGGUUCAAAAUUGGACGAUCGGUACAUUUUAAUAUUAAUUAAAAUUUUGAAUUAUUAUUACAUAAUAAUUUACGCGUCCGGAACGCAACGUGAACAUAUAUAAACCCUUUUAUACGCGAGCUCGUCAUAUGUAAUUAAUAAUAAUAAUUAUAAUUGUUUGAACGUCAAACAAAUAAUAUAUAUAAUAUUAAAUUAUUAUCGUCAUCGCUGUCGUUAUAUUUUCGUCCAACAGCGGACAGUUGUCAAUCACCGGUGAUCGCUGAGUAUACAAUAAGGCAAUAAUAUAUAACGAUCAUCGUGUCACGCCGCCGUCAUGAUGAUGAUGGGUCGUCGUCGGCUCGAGCUUUUGGUGGCCACGCUCGCCCUGAUUAACUGCAGGACGGCAGCCAGGAUUUUUGUCGAAGACGAAACGUAUUGGACAUCGGUGGGCAGGGCCGAGUUGGACGAAGCUCUAAACGUGGCAAUCAACAACAAAGUCGCGAAGAACGUGAUCCUGUUUAUCGGCGACGGAAUGGGACCGAACACAGUAACGGCCACGAGAAUUUACAAGCACGGCGAGAGCGGACGAUUGACUUUCGAAAAAUUUCCGCACAUGGGGCUGCUCAAAACGUAUUCGGUCAACAAACAAGUGCCGGACGCAGCGAGUUCGGCUACUGCAAUGUUCACUGGUGUAAAGGUCAAUCAAAAGAUUAUUGGCCUGGACGCAAAUCACUACAUUAACGAUACAAAUUACUGCGACAAUGCCAACUCGCAGAGGAUUGGACUCGAGUCGUUGGCCACAUGGGCACAAGAUGCUGGAAAAAGUACCGGCUUUGUGACCAACUCCAGGAUAACCGACGCUACACCCGCUGCCCUGUACGCCCGAACGUCGAACCGGAAGUGGGAAUGCAACACCGCCAUGCCAUCAUAUGCGAGAAACUGCAAGGACAUCGCCAGGCAGCUCAUUGAAGACCGGCCAGGGCGAAAUUUUAAGGUUAUAAUGGGCGGUGGCAAGAAAUCGUUCGAAGCUAAUUCACCGCCGAACCCAAAGGAAACGGUCGAAAAAUCCUUGUGCGUGCGAUCCGACCGCAGAGACCUGAUCCGCGAGUGGAUAGACGACAAGCAGUCUAACAACCUGUCGCAUCAGUUCUUGGCCAACGUACACGAUAUAAAAUCAUUGGAUACGGAACAAACAGAAUACGUUUUGGGAAUAUUUACAAAUGGAACGAUGCCAAUGGAAUAUACUAGAAACAAAAAAUUUUUAGAAACACCAUCAUUAGAAUUGAUGACUGAAACAGCAAUAAAAGUAAUAUCAAAAAAUGAAAAUGGAUUCUUUUUGAUGGUAGAAGGUGGUUUAAUUGAUGCAGCACACCAUCUAAGUAUGGCUAGAUUAGCUCUAGAUGAAACUGUUGAAUUUGAUAAGACUAUUAAUACUUCACUAAAAUUGCUAAAACAGUUGAACAUGUUAGAUGACACUCUAGUGAUUGUGACUAGUGACCACGCUAACUCAUUAUCAAUUAAUGGAUAUCCAAAGCGAGGAAAUAACAUUCUUGAUGUGGCAGGGACAUCAGAAUCGGACUAUGUUAAGUACACUACAUUAACAUAUUCCAUUGGAUACGCUAAACGUCCAGUGUACACACGUGUUGGUUCUAUUGUAAUCAGACAGGAUCCAACAGUCUCUAGUACAUCUAGUCACGAUUAUUCUCAACAAGUUGGUAUUCCAGAAGAGACAGGAGUACAUGGUGGAAGUGACGUAGCAGUAUAUGCCAAAGGACCAAUGGGACAUUUGUUUCAUUCUAUUCACGAACAAAAUUAUAUUGCUCAUGCAAUAGCAUAUGCAACAAAAAUUGGUUUUUACAAGAGUGAACAAGUACAGAACCAAUCUUAUACACAUUUUUCAAACAUUUACCUUGUAUGCACAUUAAUUUUGACGUUGUUAUAUUUUAAUUAAGCUAAAAUAGUAUUAAGAUUUCGAUAAUAAUUUUAUUGUCUUCUAAAAUUCAUUGUUUUAUUUAUUAUUUUUAUAUCGAGGUAGAUAUAUAUUGUUUUU